UAGACAUUAUGCAUUGCUUUGGCUAACGAUAGUCCUAAAUCUCAUUGUUAUUUUUAGUCUGAGAUCUCCAAUGAAAUCAAGUAAUAAUGAUCAAUUUUGCAGUAAUGUAUUGAAUGAAACAUGUAACAGUACUAGUCCAAUGUAUUUCCAGCCCAUAUGGCCUCCAGAUGCACCAUCAUGGUAUAUGCCAGUCCGCUAUAUUCUUGGUUCAAUUCAUCUCCUACUGUCAAUAUGGAUGGCUGUUUGCUACUUUGUUAAGAAUGGAAAGAACAUUUGUUGGUUUUCAAUUCCUUGUAUUCAAAGUUUCUGUUAUAAAAAGAAGAAAGGAUUAUUGCGUAGAAGGUUUCUGUAUCAAAUAACGAGUAAACUAAAUCAAACAGUCUGUUGUGGAAAGAUCUCAGCUAAUAAACCUCACCCAAAGGAGUAUUUUCAGAUACUUCUUUUUAGCUUUGAUCCACUUUAUCGUCUUUUAUUUCUGAUUCUCUCAAUAGCUGGAGUAGCAUUAAAUGGAUAUUUCUACUGUGGUUGCAUGAUUUACCCAUUCAUAAAAAGCAGUGUCCUGUCUUCUAUUCUUCGAGCUCUCAGAAAAAGCGCUUAUCAGUUAAUAAUUGUUCUCUUACUGUGCUUUGUUUGCAUUUACAUUUAUGCUGUCAUAAGUUUUGCUCUUCUUCAAAACUAUUUUUCUGAAGAAAAGGAUGAGUUUUGCUCUACCCUGUUUCAGUGUUUUGUAACUGUGUCACGUUUAGGGCUACUGCAUACACUUGGAUCGGGAUUAGAAAUACGUCCAUCAGAUGCAUAUGAGCCAAAUUUUACACUUGUCUUAUAUCGAACUGUAUAUGACAUAAUAUUUUUUGUUGUAGUCACAACACUGGGACUGAACAUAGUUAUUGCUAUACUAGUUGAUAGGUUCUCAGAGAUGAGAGAAGAAAAGGAAAAAAUUGACAAUGACAAUACAAAUAGGUGCCUUGUUUGUAGCAUUAAAAAAGACAAUUUUAAAAGAAAUGGCCAGAAUUUUGAAGACCAUAACACUAAAGAACAUAAUGUAUGGGACUACAUUCAUUUUAUGCUUUAUCUGGAUGAAAUUUACAAGAAUGAUUUCAAUGCUCUUGAAAAAUAUGUUUCACGUCAAGUAGCAAAGGAUUCUAUUGAUUUUUUUCCUAUGUUAAAGGCAAAAUCUCUACCUGACUAUAAGAAUGAAGAAUAGCCUUUUGAUUUUCUUUAAACUGUAGUGAACAUAGCUUUAGCAACAUAAUUAAUACAUUUAGGUAGUAAAGCUGCAAAACAUGUAGACUAGAGUUAUAGUUUUAUUUUUAAUUUUAAUUUGGGCUGGUCCCAGCUGUCAGUUUUAGCUACAAAAUAAUUAACAUUUUUUAAUAACAAAAAAUGCUCAGCUGACAAUGAACUGAAUAAAUGUCUUACAAAAGCUGAAGCGAGCACUGACCUUGAAUGGCUUUGAUUAUAAUAAUAACUAAUUUAAGCAAGUAAAUAAUAUUAUUGAAAGUUAAAGUAGCACUGUUGCUACAGAGCAUUGAGUUCAUUUAUUUGACAAAUAUAUCAUAGAAAAAGAAA